AUGCCUCCUCCGAUCAGCCCUGGAAACCCAAGUGUCUUAGAUGAAAGGACACCGAUAGGUGAUAGUCGCCACGAUCGAAACGUUCAGGAUAGCAGGUCUCAUGGAGGAUGCUUGGAGCGCGUAAAAAACUGCCUGGCGCUUAAAAGCACCCUGGUGUUAUGUCUGAUAAUCAUUACUUUGACGUUUGUUUCCGGAAUGGCUCUACUGGGAGCCGACUUGCACUGGGGCGGACUGGGACUGGUCUGCGUCGCCUUGCUUGUUUUUGUUGCCCUCUGUCUGCUUCCACUGAAGAGGAAGGGCGCCGUAACACCGCAACCCCGAAACAGUGCCGGUGGCGUUUCUGUGAGGCUACGGUCAGAGCCAUUACCGGUAUCUAUGUGUGCCCACCUGCAUAUGAGGAGCGCAAAUAUGAACGUAGUACCGUACCCUCUAGAAGAGGUCACCAUCGUUGACAUCAGCAAGAUGUAUCCACCACCGUUUGCUCCUCCCCCGUACCAGGAGAAAGUGCCAGACUCUUAUAGAAAGGCUCAGCAGCUUCUGAUAGGCCCGUAA